UGGUGUCUGUCCUGUCUUGCAGUAUAUUCUGUGCUUACUGAGUGGGAGGGUCACACUGUGUGAGACUAAUAAGGACAGAGCUGCAUCCCACUCUUUGGAGACUCGCUCCAGCAACUCCUCAGCACUACAGCAGCUUUGUACAGACAUUUACUGUGCUUCUGUUGGACUUAAUAAGUAAAAAUUAAAGAUCUGUGGUCAUUUUUUCACAUGUGUCCAAGAGGAGAUGAAGCACAUUGGAUUCUGCAUAAUUUGGCUUUGGAUGGCAAUUCUCUUCCUCCUUCCUGUUUCAACUUACAUGGCAGCCACUGACAAGACAGUUACAGUGUGUCCUAUAAUGAGACCAGAUGGACAUCAGCUUAGACAUAUCUACAAAGAAAAUCUUGAUGUUUCAGGUUUUGAUCUAGCAGAAAGCUUUUCUCUGAGACAGGCAUCUUGUGGAGGUGAAAAAACCUGCUUUAAACUGGGAAGCACACCUCUUAUCAGAGACACUCGGCAAGUAUUUCCAAAUGGGCUUCCUGAAGAAUAUUCUUUAAUAGCCACAUUCCGUGUGAGACGAAACACCAGAAAGGAACGGUGGCAUAUAUGGCAAAUUUUAAAUCAGUCUGACACCCCACAGGUGUCUGUCAUAGUUGAUGGUUCAAAAAAAGUUGUGGAAUAUAUAGCCAAAUCCGCUCCGGGAAACGUGCUACACCACACCUUUAAAAAUCGGGAAAUUUAUCCUCUCUUUGAUCGGCAGUGGCAUAAGCUUGCCGUUAGUAUACAGUCAAGGAUCGUUUCCCUCUAUGUGGAUUGUAACUUAAUUGAGAGAUGGCAGACUGAUCUAAAGGACUCCAUUGACUUUCAAGGAAGGACUUUCAUUGCUGCUCGAGCUGCAGAUGACAAGCCUGUAGAUAUUGAACUUCGCCGCAUAAUAAUUUAUUGUAACCCAAAAUUUGCAGCUCAAGAGACCUGUUGUGAAAUAUCUGAGGGCAUGUGCCCACUGGAGGACAGUUUCAUUACUACUUCUUCGUCACCAGUGACUGUUCAUGUCAGCAAAAUACAUGCUCUUCCAGUAACACAGCAGGAGUCUAAAGACCUAUGCCUCUGCUUUCCAAACAAAGGUGAAGCAGGAUUGCCAGGAGUAGCUGGUUUGCCAGGUCUGAAAGGAGAUAAAGGAGAAAAGGGUGAAGUGGGUGUUAAAGGAGAAAAUGGUGUUUCUGGGCUUCCUGGGGAAAAGGGGGAAGAUGGCUUAGUAGGUGUUCCUGGCCUUCCUGGUUCCAAGGGAGAACGUGGCUUUGAGGGUAAUAAAGGAGAAGAAGGUGAAAAGGGUGAGAAGGGAGAUCAAGGAGAACCGGGACCUGAAGGCAUGCAUGGAAGAGAUGGCUUAAAAGGUGAUCCUGGUGAUCCUGGUCUGGCUGGUCCUAAGGGAGAAAAGGGAGAUGAAGGGCCUCCAGGACAAGCUGCUUUACCGGGUUUGCCAGGGCUAGAAGGUCCUCCAGGUCCACCAGGGAAAGAAGGUCAGAGGGGAAGGCGAGGUAAACCGGGACUCCCUGGUAAACCAGGAUCACCAGGACCUCCGGGUGUUGCAGGACAACUAGGAUUACCUGAGGCUGCUGGACAUAAAGGACAAAAGGGAGAAAUUGGUCGGCAAGGAGAAAUGGGCUUAACUGGUGCAAAAGGUGAAAAGGGAGAGUCUUCUGAAAAAGGAGAAAAAGGGGAUCCAGGGGAAAUUGGAAUGAAAGGAUCACAAGGAAUUAAGGGUGAAACAGGAGAUCAUGGCCCUCCUGGACUCACUGGAAAUCCAGGAUCAGAGGGACUGCAAGGUCCUCCAGGACCCAUUGGACCCAGAGGACAUCCAGGAGAAGUUGGUUUACCGGGAGAGCCUGGGAUACCAGGAAAACCAGGAAUUAAAGGAGAAAAGGGUGAUUCUGGUGGAAUUAUAGGGCCUCCUGGACAUCCAGGUCCAAGAGGUGAGACAGGACCCCCUGGGCCAAGUCUGCCUGGGAAACCAGGUCUGGCUGGCACUCCUGGAACCCCAGGUCCACGAGGGCCUAAGGGUGAAAGAGGACUGCCUGGCGUACAAGGGUCUCCUGGAGAGAUGGGGCCACUUGGAAUAGGAAUUCAAGGACCUCCUGGUCCUAAAGGUCCAUUUGGGGAACCAGGUGCCCAGGGCCCUAGAGGACCCCCUGGAUUACCUGGAACUCGAGGUACCCCAGGUGCUGAUGGUAGUCCAGGACCAGAUGGGAAGCCAGGACUUCCUGGUCCUCCAGGUGACCCAAUUGCACUUCCACUUUUGGGAGACGUGGGUGCUUCAUUGAAGGGUGAUACUGGGCCGAGAGGUCCUCCAGGAAUCCCUGGUAGGGAGGGACCAAAGGGAAGCAAAGGUGAACGUGGAUUUCCUGGACUUUCUGGAGAGAAAGGUGAUGAGGGUCUUCAAGGUAUUCCAGGACUCCCUGGUCUAACAGGACCUAAUGGACUUUCUGGAGCAGUAGGAAGACCUGGACAUCCCGGUCCAGUUGGGGCAAAAGGAGAAAAGGGUAAUGAGGGUUCUCCUGGAAAGCCUGGAUCACCUGGACCUCCAGGUAUGCCUUACAAUGAAAGGAAUGGAAUGAGCAGCUUAUAUAAGCUACAGGGAGGUGUAAGUGUUGCUACUUAUCCUGGUCCGCCGGGCCCUCCUGGUCCAAAAGGUGAUCCUGGCACAAUGGGAGAACCAGGUCCAAUGGGACUACCUGGACUGGAGGGAUUUCCAGGAGAAAAGGGAGAUCAGGGACCUGCUGGUUCACCAGGAGCACCAGGGUUACCAGGAAAGACUGGAUCUCCAGGACCACCGGGAAUGCCAGGGGACCCAGGUGAAAGAGGCCCUGUAGGAGACAUCGGCUUUCCUGGGCCAGAAGGGCAAUCUGGAAUACCAGGAAUAAAUGGAAAAGAUGGAUUGCCAGGACCUCAGGGUCUGAUGGGAAGAGCAGGUGACAGAGGUCCCAAAGGAGAACGUGGAGAUCAAGGUAUUCCAGGGGACAGAGGUCCGCAAGGUGAAAGAGGAAAACCUGGCCUUCCAGGAGAAAAGGGGGUUAUAGGACCUGCUGGACCACCAGGAGACAGGGGCUAUCCAGGAUCACCAGGUCAUCAGGGUUCCCCAGGUCUUCCGGCUGACACAGUUUCAUUUGAAGAAAUGAAAAAAUACAUCAAACAAGAGGUUCUUAGGGUUUUUGAAGAGAGGAUGGCUCAGUUUGUAUCCCAACUGAAGCUGCCAGCUGCAAUGUUAGCUUCCCACGGUCAUGGGAAACCAGGUCCACCAGGAAAAGAUGGAUUACCAGGGCCACCAGGAGAACCUGGACCUCAAGGUUACAGAGGACAGAAGGGGGAAAGAGGUGAGCCUGGUAUUGGACUCCCAGGUAAUCCUGGUCCACCUGGCCCUUCAGCCACUGGUGUGCCAGGCCUCCCAGGCCCUCCAGGAUCACCAGGUCCCCAGGGGCCUUCAGGGCCGAGCGGAAGGUGCAACCCAGCAGAUUGUUACUAUCACGUAUCUCAGGCUCGACAGCGUGCCAGUGGGAAAUAAACAUCCCUCCAGAGACACUUUGGUUCAUGUUUAUACCUUAUUUCCCUUUAUGAAUCAAUUUAAUCUUCAUAAUACUUAGUGCAUUUUGUCCAUAUAUAUACUGCACAAUAUAUAGACAUUUUAUAGAGCACUUAUAUCGAGCCUUUUACUACAUUAAUUGCUGUGUUGGAGUUUUGAUAUGAUUUUGUGAGUUCAUUCCAUGUGUUAUACUUUUACUGUUUCUCUGGUUUAGAGAGGCAACAGGCCCAAAUAGUUCUUAUGAGCUUUUCUCUUCAAACAAAAUUUAUUUUCUUACAACUUGAUGAUCUUAAGACAGUACAGAUUUUUCAGUCUUGUUAAUACUGGUUUUAUUCAUCUUAUUACAGAGUGAAUUACAGUUGUAGAGUUUUUAAAUUCACAUGUUCACACUGAAGUUUAUUUUCUUAGGUAGGGUGCUGGGGAACUCUGUUCAUACAAAAUGUUGCUGUUCACUUCAGAAAAUCAUGGCAUAGGUUUCCACACCCAGCUGACCUAUGCUUACAUAGAAUUUUUCUUUUUACUUUAGAAUGCAAAUAGGUAUUAGAGAAGCUGAAGUGUGGAUGCCUUCAGAGAACCUACAGUGAAAAUGAAAUUUGGUUUGAAUAGAGUUCCUAGCAAGUGCAUCUAGAUUGAGACAUAUUUUAAAAUGGGUUGCGUUGUUCAGAUGCACCCAUGACUGUAUGGUUCAAAUUCUCUUCUGGCAGAAUUCUGUUGAAGUCAGUGAAUUUAUACCAGCAGAAAAAUUGGCCAUAUAUGUUUUCAGUUUAGUUACAUGAACUGCUGGUCAGGUAUAUUGCAUGGGGGUUUUUUUUAAGUUGGUUUAUUUGUACUUCUCUAGUGAUUCCAAAUCUUAUUUAAAAUAUUUUUUUAACUUUAUAAAUUAAUUUUAAACUUCACUUCCUUCCUGUGAUAAUACCAAAAAAGGGUGCUGUCUUUUAAGAAAGCGACAUGAUUAGAAUCUUUAUGAGCUUGUUCCCUUUCUAUAAUGCUAUACAGAACAGUGUAUAUAGAUAUAUUACUUGGUGUUAUCUGUAUAUUUUGGGCAUUUUCCUGGCUGAACUACAACUCUGAAAGCUUGUAACUUACCUAGCCUGAUUUUAUAAAUGUUAAUUUACUUGAAUUUUAAAAAGAUUAUUUUUUCAUACACAUUUCCAACAGGUGCUUUUUUCCCCCUCAUUUUUGACUCAUUAUUACAGUUUUUAAAAUCUGUAUCUGAACAUUUUGAAGUUCUCCAUCAGUAACUGUGUUGGUAAUGAUUAAUUUAUUUCACACUGUCUUUUUUGGUUAAUGAUUUUUCAUUUUGAUAUAGACCCAAUUUAAUUUCUCAUGAGAAAAAGAGUGUUUUGUAAUAUCAGGUACCUGUAUACCAUUUCCAAGAUUCUGAGCCACAUUCUGUGUUUGGAUAGAAUGGCAUCAUUCUGGAUUAACUCUACUUUUAUACUGAGUUAUUUCCGUUUUACAUGAUUAGAACUGAAAGCAGAAUGUGGCCUGAAACAUGCUUCUCAUUUGGCAGGCUUUAUCUUUAAAAAUUUUUUGCAGUUUCAGAUUAAUGUUUCCUUGAUUUAUACCUAUUUUGAGGAUUUUACUUUACUUCUUCAAUUUCAUUUAUAUGUUUGUUAACAAACGUGUGCUAUAGUAAAUGUUGCCUAAUACAAGAGGAUUAUCUUUCUGAGAGCACAAGAUAUUUUUCUGAACUAGGAUUUUUUUAGCUAGAACAAUAUUUAGAUUUGAAAUAUGAUGAGAUAUAAUAUUA